AAUGGAUAUCGAUAAAUACUUAGAAACUCUUAAAAAUGCCAGGUGUUUGAGUGAGAGAGAUGUGCGAUUGGUUUGUGAACAUGCAAAGGAGAUUUUUAUUGAAGAAUCAAAUGUACAUUAAGUGAAAGCUCCAGUAAUAAUUUGUGGAGACAUACAUGGGCAGUUCUUUGAUUUGUUAGAGUUAUUCAAUAAAGGAGGAUAGAUUCCAAAUGCCAACUAUAUAUUUAUUGGCGAUUUUGUUGAUCGUGGGUAUAGUAGGUUUUUGAUUAUAGAUACAAUUCUGUAGAGACAUUCGAGUAUUUGCUUUGUUUAAAACUUAAAUAUCCAGAUAAUAUUACAUUAUUAAGAGGAAAUCAUGAAUCAAGAUAAAUUACUCAAGUUUAUGGUUUCUAUGAUGAAAUAGUGAGAAAAUAUGGGAAUGCAAAUCCUUGGCGAUAUUUUACAGAUGUUUUUGAUUAUCUUCCUUUGGGAGCNUUAUAUGAUUUUAAUACAAUAAAUUUUAAUUUCUCCUUUUAAAUAAGUUAAGUCUAGCAUCAAAUUUUUAUUGUAUAAUCUAAAUAAUUCAAAUUUCAAAAGCAUAUUAAAAUACCUAUUAGUUUUAAUGCAAUAUCAGAAUGGGAUAGAUUUUAGGAUGAGUUUUAUACUAAAGAAAAUCAUGUUAUAAUUGAGUUGAUUUAAAUAAACAAAUAAAUAAAUACAAUAAUUCCUAAAAAUAUAGGAACUAUAGUAAAUAUAUUUAAAUAUACUAGGUUAUAUUUGGUUUUAUUUCUAUUAUCUUUUUUAUGAUUU